AUGGAAAAGUUCGGUUUGAGUGGCAAGUUGCCAUCGUUUGGGAAGGCAACACAUACUCCAGCAGUUCCCAACAUGUCUAAUGUGGAUAUGACUCCUAAACAAUUGCGUGUUGCCAAUUGUCCCAACAACAGCUAUGCUUUAGCUAACGUUGCUGCUGUUUCGCCUGUGGAUUUCCCUGACAACAUCUAUGUUAUUGUAGACAACUUGUUUGUUUUCAGCACAAGACACUCCAAUGAUGUCCAACCUGGAACCGUUGGGUUCAAUGGGAACCAGCGUACGUGGGGUGGCUGGUCUUUAAACCAGGAUGUUCAAGUAAGACCAUUUGAUUUGUUCCAACAAUCCGGAAAGCACGCAUACUUAGGCUCAGUAGAUCUGGAAAUCAGUUUCAGGUCAAGAGGAAAGGCUGUCGAGACUCCAUUCGACCAAGACGAUUUGGCAAAACAGUUUUUAAAAAGUUUUGAGUCACAGAUCUUCUCACCAACUCAGUACUUGAUUUUUGAAUUCAAGGGUCAUAUUUUCGAUUUAAGAGUUAGAUCAACUCAGACUAUCGAUUUGGGAGACGUGGAAGUGGUCGCACCAAUAUCCACUUCCAUCGAAUCUAAAGCCAUUUUAAUCAAACAAACUCAAAUAAACUUCUUCAAAGGUAGAGACGGCUUGGUUAACUUAAAAUCAUCGAAUUCUCUAAGACCAAGAUCUGAUGCCGUGAUUAGACCAGAUUUCAAAUUCGAAGAUUUAGGUGUUGGUGGUUUAGACCGCGAGUUUACCAAGAUUUUCAGGAGAGCAUUUGCGAGUAGAAUAUUCCCACCUGCUGUGAUUGAAAAGUUGGGUAUAUCACACGUAAAGGGUCUCUUGUUGUUUGGUCCUCCAGGUACUGGUAAAACAUUAAUCGCAAGAAAAAUCGGUACAAUGUUGAAUGCCAAAGAGCCAAAGAUUGUUAACGGUCCAGAAAUCCUCAGUAAAUAUGUCGGCUCUUCAGAAGAAAAUAUCCGUAACUUGUUCAAGGAUGCUGAGGCAGAAUAUAAAGCCAAGGGUGAAGAAUCUUCAUUGCACAUUAUCAUUUUCGAUGAAUUGGAUUCUGUAUUCAAGCAAAGAGGUUCAAGAGGUGACGGUACAGGCGUUGGAGACAAUGUGGUUAACCAAUUGCUUGCUAAGAUGGAUGGUGUUGACCAAUUAAACAAUAUAUUGGUUAUUGGUAUGACUAACCGUAAGGAUUUGAUUGAUAGUGCCUUGUUACGUCCUGGUAGAUUUGAAGUCCAGGUCGAAAUUCAAUUACCAGACGAAGAAGGUAGAGUACAAAUCUUUGAGAUCCAGACCAAAAAGAUGCGUGAAAACAAUAUGCUUGCAUCCGAUGUCAACCUCAAGGAGCUUGCUGCUUUGACCAAAAAUUUCUCUGGUGCUGAGAUAGAAGGUUUGGUUAAGAGUGCCAGUUCUUUCGCUAUUAACAAAACUGUCAAUAUUGGGAAAGGUGCCACCAAAUUGAAAACCAAGGACAUUGCAAACAUGAAGGUUACGAGACAAGAUUUCUUGAAUGCCUUGCAGGAAGUGACUCCUGCCUUUGGUGUUAGUGAAGAAGAUUUAAAAACAUGUAUCGAAGGUGGUGUUUUCAAAUUCUCGAACUCUGUGGAAGAUAUCUUGAAAAACGGUGCUCGUUACGUCCGUCAAGUCAGAGAAUCAGAUAAAUCGAGACUUGUAUCCUUACUAGUACAUGGUCCACCAGGUUCAGGUAAAACAGCGCUAGCAGCAGCAAUCGCGUUGAAAUCAGAGUUUCCCUUUAUUAGAAUGAUUUCUCCAGAAGAAAUCGCCGGUAUGUCAGAAAGUGCCAAGAUUGCAUAUAUCGAUAACACUUUCAGGGACGCUUACAAAUCACCAUUGAACAUCUUGGUUAUUGACUCCAUAGAAACCUUAGUUGACUGGGUUCCUAUCGGUCCACGCUUCUCAAACAACAUUCUACAAGUGCUUAAGGUGUAUCUUAAGAGAAAACCACCAAACAACCGUCGUCUCUUACUAAUUUCUACAACUUCUGCAUACUCAGUCUUGAAGCAAAUGGAUAUACUCAGUUGCUUCGAUAAUGAAAUCGCUGUUCCAAACGUCUCGAACUUGGAUGAACUAAAUAAUAUCAUGAUUGACAGUGGUUUCCUGGACGAUGCGGGCAGAGUCGAAGUUAUCCAGAAAUUAUCCCAAGUUACCGCUUCCCUAAACGUCGGUGUCAAAAAAGUGCUCACAAAUAUAGAAACCGCGAGACAUGAUGAAGAUCCAGUUAACGAGCUUGUAGAUUUAAUGGUUCAGUCGUCAUGA